CGCCAUGUUGUUAGUGCACCUGCGUUCACGUCAUCCUCCUCCAAGUUAGCGUCUGUGUGCUCAUGGAAAACCUCUUCCCGCUCGAACAGGUUGAAGAACUACACCUGGAACGAGACGUCGGGAUUAAUAUUUCUCAAACGGCGACAUACAAUAGCAACAAACUCACCGUGAAGACGCCAUAAUUUGUUUCUUUUUGGAGUUACAAAAAACCCCCCCAAAAAAACCACGACAGACAGGUUGACUACUUCCGGUGGACAACAACAACAAAUAAAACUUUACAGGUAAGCCGAGUUCGCUACUUCCGGGGACAACAACACACAACAACUUUCCAGAACAUGAGGAUAUGGACGUGACGCGCUCGGAUAUUUACUAACAUCUGACCGGAUUCACCUUUUUGGAGAAGUUGAGUAGGCCCGAACCAAUGGCGACCACAGAGACUAAAAAGGCCGGAAGCGCCGCCGCCGCCGGGUUGUCGUGGGCAAGGGUCUGCAAGGAGUGCGGGCAGCAGCACGAGGGCCUGGACUCCCACCUGUACGAGUACCCCGAGGACGUGGACGACGAGCUGAUGUGCCACAUCUGCCUGCAGCCACUCAUCAGACCCAUGGACACGCCGUGUGGCCACACCUAUUGCUUUUAUUGUCUGAGCAGCUUCUUGAAAGACCAAGACUUUUGCCCGGUGGACCGCCAGCGGCUGCAGCUCAACCGCUGUCGCCCCUCCAGCCUGCUGGUCAGGAACCUGCUGGACAAGCUGACUGUGGUGUGUCCUCACACUGCAGAAUGCCAGAAGCAGAUGCAACGCUGUGAACUUCAGCCUCAUCUGCACAACAGAUGCCCUGCUUUUAGGAGGCUGCGGGAGGAAGCUGAGAAGAGGAAGAGGCCCUCAUGGAAUGAACUGAAGGCGCGUAAAGGCGACUACGAGUUGUCUGCUGCUGAUGCUAAACAUUCGGAAACGCCGCCGCAGAGCGCCACCAGAGACCAGCCCGACCCCGGACUCAUUAACCCUGCCUAUGAAGAAAGUGAGGAGGCAGACAACACGCCGCUGCGCUCCAGCUUGGUAGCAGAGUCCAAUGUGGUGGAGCUCUUCAGAGAAGAGCCCGGCGAAGACCUGGGUCUGCGCAUCGUGGGGGGCAAAGACACGCCCCUGGGCAACAUAGUCAUCCAGGAGAUCCUCCGCGACUUGCAGGCGGCCCGCGACGGCCGACUGGCCCCCGGAGACCACAUCUUAGAGGUCAACGACAUAAGCUUGGCAUCCGUCCCGCACGCCCGGGCCAUCGCCGUGCUGCGCCAGCCCGGCCUCCUCCGGCUCACCGUCAUGCAGGAGAAAGGCUUCAAACCCAAGGAGCCGCGACCCGAUCAACAAGCGCCCUCGUCCGCCGCGCCCCAAACCCCGCACGGCGCCCACGCCAAAGCUACGUCCACUCACACGGUGCUGCAGGUGACGCUAGUCAAGAGCCAGCGCACCGAGCCCUUGGGUAUAAAACUGAUACGCAAAUUGGAUGAGAGCGGGGUCUUCAUCCUGGAUCUGCUCUCUGGGGGGUUGGCGGCCAAAGACGGCAAGCUGAAGAACAACGACAAAGUGUUGGCCAUCAACGGGCACGAACUGAGGCACGGGACCCCCGAGAGCGCCGCCCACAUUAUACAGGCCAGCGAGAUGCGAGUCAACUUUGUGAUCAUGAGGCUGGUGGAGACCCCUGAGGAAGGCGGACCGCAAGGCCGAGCGGUCCGAAGGGUGCCGGAUCUGCAGUACUUCAGGCGCCACUCCACCUACAUGAAGGACCCUCCUGGUGGUUUCUCCAGUCAGGAGAAGACGGUGAGUGUGAAGAAGGAGCCUCGCCUCUCCCUGGGCAUCACCAUCGCUGGAGGCAGAGAUUGUCGCAGUCGCCUCCCCGUCUACAUCACCAGCGUGCAGCCAGUUGGCUGUCUGCACCGAGACGGCAUCAUCAAGAGAGGCGAUGUCCUGCUGAGCAUCAACGGCGUGGACCUGACCCAGCUGUCCUACAGCGAGGCCGUCUCCGCGCUCAAGGCGCAGGCGGCACAGGCCCAGGUGGCGCUGCGCGUCCUUCACACCGCCUCCGACGGCCGGCAGGAGGACGGCGGGGGCGCGGAAGCGCUGGAGGACGCCCGGGAGGACGCCCACAACUGGACCCCCAUGUGGACCAGGUGGCUGGGCCUGCCCAGCCACAUGCACUGGUGUCGUGACGUGGUGCUGCAGAAGAGCACCAGUGAGAGUUGGGGCUUCAGCAUCGUGGGCGGCUACGAGGAGGAAAGUCAUGGCCAGCAGCAGCCCUUCUUCAUCAAGACCAUCGUGCCGGGGACGCCCGCCCACUUUGACGGCCGCCUCAAGUGCGGGGAUGAGAUUGUGGCAGUGAACGGGGCGACCACGGUGGGCAUGAACAACUCCUCCCUCAUCCCCAUGCUGAAGCUGCAGAGAAACAAGGUGGUGCUGACCGUGGUGUCCUGGCCGGGGAGUCUGGUGUAGCCCCGCCCACUAACCUCUUCUUAAAGGGCCGGCGUGUUGCUAACGUGACGACAAGCCAGGCAAAAACUUCAAAACAAUUUUUUUCCAAAUCCUUCCCUGGGCCGCUCACAAAUGUUUGUGAGUUUGCAGCGUCCAUGAAGGAUUGAAGAUGGCUGCUGGUGACCAAAUACUAGACAGUGUCCUUCUGUCCACUUUUACUGCACUUUUUACAGGACGCUAAAGUUCUCCAUCUUUGUAUUUAUUUGCAUUUACACCGUGUGUGCAGACAUGAACACUCCAUUCUUCCAUUAGUGCACAUUCAUGUGUUCAUUCAUCCAUCAAAUAAAACAUUGUAGUUUAUUUGCUCAAGUUGA